AAUGCGGCCUCCGCCGCUCUCGCAGCCAUGUACCGCUCGGGCAGCGGCCGCUCGGGCCUGUCGUCGUCCAGCCGGUCCAAGGAGAGCAGCGGCUCGGGCCCCCGCAGUUCCCGCGCCGGCGCCUCCGCGUCCGGCACGACACGAGGCCGCAGCCCGCGCCGCUCGCCCUCCCCCCGGGGCCGCAGCCGCUCGCGCUCGCCCUCCCCCCGGGGCCGCAGCCCGCGCCGCUCGCGCUCGCCCUCCCCGCGGGGCCGCCGCCGCCGCUCGCCCUCCAGCAGCCGCUCUUCUCGCCGCUCGCCGUCCCCGAGCCGCAGGAGCAGGGCGCGCUCGCCGUCCGGGGGCAGCCGGAGCCGCCGCGGAUCGGAGCAGCGGGACGGCAGCCGGAGCCGGAGACGCUCUCCGGGCCGGCGUUCUCGCUCUCCAGGCCGACGCUCUCCAAGUAGACACUCUGAAUCAUCAGUGGAACAGAGCCUGCGGAUCACAGUUGGCAAUGACCAUUAUGGCACUGAUACCCCAGAGCGAAGGAGACUGUCUGACAGACUAGGCUCUCCGGUUGAUAGCCUAAGUGAUGAAAGGGAUGACCUGGCUGAAGGUCCAAUAUUUAGCAGAGGCCUUUCACGUCCUCAAAGCCUUGAGCGAUACUCCUCUCGUGAGGACAGUCCUCCUAGUCCUUACAAUGCGAGACACGAAGAGGACUACCGCAGUAGGGAUGUCUUUCUUCACCAGUCAGACUAUAGCGUGAACUAUGAUCAUCUACAGGAUAUAUCACGAGAACCUGACAGGGAUGGUGAACUACUUAGGAAGUCCUUAUAUCAGCCAGAGGAGAGAGGGCGAGAGCCAAAGCGCCCUCGAUAUGACAGAGAGGACAGACUAUUUGCUGUGAAUGUGGAGCAUCAAAGUUUCUUGUCAGGAACACGAAAUUACCGUAAAAGGAGUCUCAGCAGAAGCCCAAGCCCACGCCCAGCAUACCUGGAUGAAGACUUCAGGGAGCUUGAAAGUGCUAGGAGAAAAAGGGCGGAAGAGGAGCUGGACAAAAAUUCUAGUCAAGAUCUUCCUGGCAGUGGUUGUGUGAUCCCUGGUUUGACUAACCCUGCGCAGUCUUCUGAACCUCGUUACCUUUAUAGACCUGAUGAAGCACCGGCAAUGCCCAAAAAAUCAAUCCUGAAGAAACGGGUAGAUGAUUCUUCUGUGCAGCCGGACGUGUUUUCUAGCAGUUCGGCCUCUGUCAAAGAACUCCCUCUUCGUUCACAACCUCCUCUGCCCCAGCGUAGCAGCACCACUCCUUUUUCUUCGGAAGUGGAAAAUUUCCUCAAACGUUUCAACAAAAACGCAGUAGCAGAGUCUGCAAACAAGGACUCUCAAGCCAGUGUACACGACUGGAGACCGUUUUCUGGCGUACAGCAAAACACUUUCCCUUCCGAACAGAAUUUUGGGAGUUUCUUGAGACAAAAGGACCAUCAGGAGCCUGCAGCAGGGUCUGCAGACCGGCAAGGCGACUUCCUACUUCCUCACGAAAGAGCCAGCCAAGAUGGGAGUGGCUUUUCACGCAUUCUGGGAAUGAUGGCAGAUUCUACCAGUGCUCAGGAGAAGAGAAGGCGCAGCUUUCCUGACAUUGAGGACGAAGAGAAAUUUCUCUAUGGUGAUGAUGAGGAUGACUCUAACAUCAACUCACCUUCUACUGAAAUCCUAACUAUGAGUGGGAAAGAGCCUGUAAGCCAGAAACCAAGUUCCCCAUCUUCUCCUACUCAGUCUGUAAAGCCGGACACUCCAAAAGAGCCCAGACCAGAGUAUGAGAAGAUCCAUGAUUUACUCAAAACUAUUGGUCUUGACAUCGGGGUAGCUGAAAUUGGCAAGCUGGCUGCCCGUACACAGGAACGACUCCAUGGGAAAAAAACAUCGCGUUCUCCUGAUCGUCAUUCAGCAGUUUCUCAUAAACCAGACUCUAGGGAGAUGCGCCGCAGUCGAAGCAAUACUCAUUCUCCAGAACCAAACCAGAAGUGCUCUUUGUCACCCCCUGGUUCUUUUCCUUCAUCCAAAGAGCUGUCCUCCAUUUCAGAAUUGGAGCACUCUAAAUGCAAAACACAAGGGCACAGUAAUUCUUCUGGCACACCAGAGCGGUCUGUUCCCCCAGUAUCUCUAAUCCCAUCAGCACCACCGUCUCUUUCUAGUAUGCCUCCUACUCCCACCCCAAUGUCCCAGUAUUCAGUAGCACGCUUUUCUCCAUUCACUGCAACUCAACUACCCCAAAACUAUCCAACUCCCACAAUGGCCCCUCCUGGCUAUGAUGCUUAUGGGCACUAUAUGGCAUAUGCAGCGUCCGGCUGGCCCAUGUAUGCUCCUCGGCAGUCCAAUCCUGCAAUUCCAGACGUACAUGGGCUCGUCUCGCUGACAGUACCCCCAAACCCUACACGGCCAAACCUCAGAGUUAUUGAGACAGUUUCCACGGGCAAGGGGACUCCUGAAACCAAGAGAGAUGAGUCUGUGCUUGUGCAAAUCCCCACCACUCCUACUUACUCCAAAUUGCUCCCUCAUGUAUCUCAGUCUUCUCUCAGAGGUCCUGCGGAAAGAAUGUCUGAUGAAAAAAACCGGGCUUCUCAGAAGCAAAAGGUAAUAGAGGAAAGAGAGAAUCUGAAGGUUGAACAGGAAGCACGGCAGACGAAACUGCACUACCUGAGGACUGAGUUGGAUAGACUUUCUAAGCAGCAAGGGGAGAUGUUACGGAAGAAACGUAGGGAGAAGGAUGGUCAUAAAGACCCCCUGCUAGUGGAAGUCAGUCGACUGCAAGAGAACAUUGUGAAGGAGAUUGCUCAGCUCCAGAUACAGACUGAAGCAGCAGAGAAGAAACAGUCUGAGCUUGACAAGGUAGCUCAGAUCCUGGGGAUUAACACUUUUGAGAAAUCCCGGAAACCAUCUGCAGAAAGUAAAGAUUCCUCAGAAAGAAACAAGUCAGAGAAUACAAGAAGUCAGGAGAAAACUUCCAGCUCAAACAAGGAAUCAAAGCCAACUAACGACAAGCCUAGGGGUAGAAGCCCCAAGCCUACAGAAUCAUGUUUACAGCCCUCCAAACAGCUGUUCCAGUUGGCCAAUAUUUAUGACUAUUAUGACACAGGAAACCAUUGGUGCAAGGAUUGCAAUACCAUCUGUGGGACCAUGUUUGAUUUCUUCACGCACAUGCAUAAUAAGAAGCAUAGGCAGACCCUGGAUCCAUACGAUAGACCAUGGGCUUCAAAGACUCAAGCUGAAACAAAGCAGGACCCCAUGAAACGCAUCGACAGAAUACCUCUUCCUGCAAAAGGUUCUGAAUUUCUAAUCCCUGUCACUGGCUAUUACUGUCAUCUAUGCCAUGAAUUUUUUGGUGACCAGAUAUCUGCAGAACAACACGUGAAAAGUCAUCCACAUAAUGAGAAAUAUAAGAAAUAUGUGGAUGAGAAUCCCCUGUAUGAAGAAAGGAGGAACCUAGACCGUCAAGCAGGAUUGUCUGUGAUUCAAGAAACAGAACGUAGACUGAAACGGAAACAAUGUGAAAAACAAAAAGAGGAUAGAGAUGCAAAGAUUGCAAAAGUGAUGAGAAAAGAGGAAUCCAACCCUACCAAAGAAUUAGGAGAUGACAGUAAUAAAAAUGAGAUUAGUAAAAGGAAAGAAGAUUCUGAUGGCCAGAAAGUUGGAAUAAAGCUUAAGUUGAAGAAGGAUGACGAAGAGGUUGAGAAAAAGCAAGGAAAGAAAGAGGAAUCCCAAAAGGACUCAAGACAGUCAUCUUUUGGAAAGUUUAGCUGGAGGAAAACUGAGAAAGAAGAUAAAAAUCAAGGCAAAGAUGUAGCUUCCCCUAAGGAAGAGCCAAUUGAGGAAGGCAAAGAUAAAGAAAGCAAGUCUCAGUCUGGAAAAUCAAAUGCAAAGCCGAUUGCAAUUAAGCUGUCUGGGAAAACUGUUAUACCACACACAAGCCCAUGGAUACCAGUAGCUGCAACUUCAUCACAAGCAAAAAUCAGGCCAAAUUUACCAGUUCCCAUCAUGGUUCUCAGGAAGUCUGCAACUACAUCAGCAAACAAGCCAGCACCAUUAAACACAUUCUUGUCUAUAAAAUCCUCAGGUGCCACCACCAAGCCACUCCCUGUUGUAAAAGAGGGUAAUUCAGAACUGGUUCUGCCUCCAGAUAUUAUUUCAAAAGCAUUUGGGGGAGAAGUAGUCAUUUUAAAGGGCUCCCAGGAGAAUGUGAAAUUACCAGAACAGGCAGAGACUCAGGUACAGGAGGCUGAAAGUGUGACGAAGGCUGCAGAACACACGAAGGCUCAAGAACAUGUAAAGACAAGUAUGGAAAAGGUACAGGAACAGGCAAUGCUGGUGGCCAAGGCACAAGCAAAAGCACGAGAGCUUGCAAUUCUGGCACAAGAACAAGAGGCUGCACGACUGCAAAAGAUGGCUGAACAACCUCACGUUUUUGAGCAACCACGCCGUCGCCCUCCUCUACUCCCGCUGCCACCGCGACCACCACUGUUACGACUACCUCCACGACCGUCACCACUGGUAUUUCCAUCUCGACCUCUGCUACCACCAAAACAGACACCACUCAUUCUGGCAGAUGACAUGGCUCCGGGUGUAUCUGAGGACGAUAAAAACAUACUGGCAAUGCCCAUGUGCCCACGUCCAUUACCUCCGCCAGCUGUUUUUAAAGACCAUAAAAAAAUGGAGAAAAAGAACACAUGCCUGGCUGCAGGCAAUGCCAAAGAUCUUUAUGACAUCUUUUACAACAACAGUGGAAGAACUCCAGCGGAUAAGCCUGCAAGUUCUAUAGUUUCAGAUAAAGGAAAAUUAAGUCCUGCAGAAAAGGAGAGAAGUACAGGCACAGUGGCAGAUUCUAAACCAAACGUCCAGUCUUCCAUACAAGAAACUCUGCAGAAUGUAGAGAGUUCUUCAGAUAUUAACAAAACCUCGGUAUCUGAGGAAACCCUAGAAACUGAAAUCAUGAAAGCUGAGAAGGUUUGGGCAGCUUCUGAAGAAAAUUUUGAAAUUGCAAUUAAUAUCAAAGGGGAAUCACAGAAAAUCGCUUUGUCAGAUUUACAAAAUACAUCACAACAUAGGGAAACAGCAAAAUCUAAUGAUCUUCCAUCAAGUGCUUCUGUUUCCCACCAGAAUGAGGUAGGAAUAGAAACCACUGCUUCAUCAGAACUCAGUGACAAACCAUCAGAUCUUUGCAUAGCAGAAUUAACCGUACAGACACUGAGUAGAAGUUUUCUUCCUUCUGAUGAAGUUUGCGAGAAACCUUCAGAGACUGAGUCUGCUGAGUUAGUCGUGCCAUUGUCAGAAGAGAAAACUCUUCCUUUGCAAGUUGUGAGCGAGAAACCUACACCGUUUGAGACUUCAGAAUUCAUCUUGUCAUUGUCAGAAAGCACCCCCCCUCCUCUGGAAGAAGUUAACAAGAAUGCAUCCGAGCUUCAGACAGUAGUGUUUAUAUCUCCUGAUAAUGAAUUAGCCACAUCGUCAGGAGAUAAAAUUCUUCCUUUGCAAGAUGUUAGCAAGGUACCUGUAGAGCUUGAGAUGGCACAGUUCACCAUGGAUUUUCCUGAAAGCAGUAUGCCUCCUCUUCAGGAAGAAGUUAGCAAGAAUUCAUCAGAAGUUGAGACUGCAGAGUUUAUGUCUUCUGAUAACAAAGCAACUACACCAUUGUCAGAAGAUAAAGCUCUUUCCUUGCAAGAUGUUAGCAAAAAACCUGUAAAGCUUGAGACAGCAGAGUUCACCACGGAUUUUCCAGAAAGCGGAAUGCCUCCUCUUCAGGAAGAAGUUCGCAAGAAUUCAUCAGAGGUUGAGACUGCAGUGUUUAUGUCUUCUGAUAACAAAGCAACUACACCAUUGUCAGAAGAUAAAGCUCUUUCUUUGCAAGAUGUUAGCAAGAAACUUGUAACGCUGGAGACUGCAGAGUUCACCAUGGAUUUUCCAGAAAGCGGAAUGCCUCCUCUUCAGGAAGAAGUUAGCAAGAAUUCAUCAGAGCUUCAGACAGUGGUGUUUGUGCCUUCUGAUGAUGCAGCAACCACACCAUUGUCAGAAGAUAAAGAUUUUCUUUUGCAAGAUGUGAGCAAGGAACCUAUAGAGAUUGAGACUGCAGCAUUAGCUAUGACAUCGCUGGAAAGAAGUAUUCCUCCUUUGGAAGUAAUUAACAAGAAUGCCUUAGAGCUUCAGAGAGCAGAGUUGAAAUUUUCUGACAGUAAAGAAUUAAUUACACAGUUGUCAGAAGACAGUGUUCUUCCUUUAGAACAUGUUAGCAAGAAGCCAUCAGAUUUUGAAAAAAUAGAACUAGCCAUGAAGUUGUCAGAAAGUAAUAGUUCUCCUUUAGAAGAAGUGAGCAACAGUACAUUGCAGCUUGAGACAAUUGCAUUUAAAACUCCUGAUAAUAAAGAGUUAGCUACACCAUUGCCAGAAAAUGAGGCUGACUGUAGUAAAGAAACUCCAGCAAUUAUAGAUGUUGGAGUGAUAAGUGGUGAGGACAUCAGUCAGAAGUCACAAGAUCUGCAGAAAAUGGAGGUUCGUUGUGAGAUUGAGAGCAAUUUGGAGAUGGAAACAGAUGUGCCCAUUUUAGUUGAGGGAGACGUAGAAAGGAAACAUGUGAAAUUUGCAGGAUGUCAGUCUGAAAUUAAUGGGGGAAAUCCAGAGUCUCAGUUACUAGAAAUGCAAGUUGAAACCCACAAGGGAAAGGGGCCUGUUCUAACAGAAGAGAAACCAAUGGAUGAUAGCUCUGAACUGGCAGUUUCUCCUUGGGUUUCAGACAUGUGUGUUCAGAGUCAGUUGGCUUGGGAGUCGAUAGACACAUCAUCAAAAGUAAAUGAAGAAAAUCCUCAAGUAGCAGAGACAGGUCAGGAUAGUUCUGAAGCAUCAUCAGUGGAUUUUAAACUGGGAAAUGUGGGGUUGGACAGGCUUGAGUCGGCAUUUAGCGAAGAAAGUCCUCCAGCUUCAGUGACACAGGACAUGAAUCCAGAACUGAAAACCUACCACAAAGGUGAAUCAAACUCUUUCCAUACUAACAGUAAGGAGGAGGGGUUGUUGGCUAACUCCCAACCAAAAGCUGGUGAGGACUUUGAUUUAAUCCCUGUCCCUGAAUCAGGAGAGAUGCCAGUUGAGUGCCUUGUUAAUGUAACAAUGACAAGCUGCACACAAGAGGAACAUGACAUUAGCCAGCAGUCGUCGAGUUGUGAAACCAAGGAUCUCCAAUUACAGGGAACUGAAGAUCUGGGCAGCAUCUCUCCCACAAAUGAUGUAGAACUUAGUUCUGGUGUAGAAUUGAUAUUUGUAAAGGAUGGUACACAAGGGCCUUCUGAAUCUGCUGUGGAAUUAAGUGAGGAGGGAGGUUCCAUAGAAAAAGAAAACUUUAACAGGGUUCAGCCAGCAACUGUCCAAGAGCCACUAGAUGUUCUCCCAACAGAAUUUAGUGUUGGGCAUCUGGGGGAGGAACCCCUUUCUUUCACAGGCAUGUCCACAGAGGUCUUAAAUACUUCAGCAGCUGGUGAUUUUGACUUGCACACGACUUACCCAGAACUUAGUUUUGAUCAAUCUGCAACCCUUACUCUGAAUUUGAAUGUGGAAAAUGAGAGAGGCUCUCCAAAAUCUAAUGAAAUAAAGCCGACUGAUCCUUCCAGGCUGAAGUCACGUCUGGAAUUAGAACCCAUUGAUUUUAGCUUGGGGGAUAUUGAUGUGGACCGUGAACACCUGGAUAUCCUGCCAUCUGAAAUUCUAAAUGAGGAUUCUGUAGAGACCCCCAAGUUAGUGAUUAUUGCACCAAUUUGCUUAGAGUCCAGCAAAACUAUUGAGCUAAGCAUUAACCAGCCAGGGGUUGAACCAGAAGUGAUUGAUUUUGCUGCACUAGCCUCUGGUGAUCAAGAUGAGAAAGUUUGUUCCAUGGUUUCUGAUGUAGCUGACCCACACCUGGUAUCUCCUGCACCAAAUGAUGGCACUGCAGAAACAGACAUGCCACUAUUCAAAAUGCAGUGCAUGCCACCAAUUUCUGAAGCUCUUCUGAAAACAGAUAGUCAAGGCGGCACUUCUGCCACGCUGUCACUGAGUUGUGGUGACAAAAGUUUGCAAAGCCAAGCAGCCGAGUGCAUGGAACUCCGUCUUCCAGAUCCGAAGGAAAUAUUUCUAGAAGCGGGGGGCUCGGGUGACAGCGCAUUGUAUGCUGUCAAGGAGGAGAUGCAAACACAUACAAAGGAGAUAACAAAGACAGAGGAGGUAGAAAGCAAUGAUGGAGUAUGCAACGUUAACAGUAAGCUGACUUCAGAAGUAACCGAAAGCCCUGCAGAGAAUCUGGUAAGUUCAGGCAAAAUUUAGUUCCAGUGCUUCAGUAGCCAUUUCUGGAAUUUUGUAAAUACUGUUUUAACAUGUUGGACAUUCUGCAUCUUGCAGUAGAUAUUAGCUAAGGCUUAAACUUUUU